GUUUUGAGUUUCUCUGAAACAUAUUGAUGUCUACCCCUACUCGCCAAUUUCGAAGACUGUCCAUCACCGGUGACAUGCCAACGUCGCGUCCCGGAGCAGAGAAAACACAUCAGACUGAGGAUAGCGACAGCAAUGAUGCGUCGGAGAGCGAAAGCGGCUCCAGCGUCAUUCAUAACAGGGGGUUCCUAGAUGCGAGCUCGAUUGUAUAUGGCGAGUCAGGCGUCGCUUAUGAUCUUAUCGGGCUGGAUAUCGGCACCAAAGCCAGAGCUCUGGUUGGAUUGACGAGCCACUUCGACGUUCUCAGCUGCCGCGAGACGCAGACAGGCUACGAAUUUCAAUUCUCGGAGCUCCCUCGCGUUCUUCUCGGAGCAGAAUCUUAUACUUGCACCUGUUCGACGUUCUCCGGUCGACCCAGUGUGGCCUGCCAACAUAUCUACUGGCUUCACGACCAACUCCAUGGCUACCUCUUACCCGGACCUCCUACCUCCGGCAUUCCUCCGUCGGGCGAUGGACGUUUACCGAACCUUGGUUGCAUCAGACAACUCCUUGAUAGCAAGAUACACACCAUCGCGGACGAGUUCGGCUGGCAGUACACGCGCUCGGAGGCCCGGGGCGGCAUGAAUCGGCAGGAUAUGGUCAGGGACAUCAUGUCCGCCUUUGAUAGCUCCAUACUACCCGAGGACUUUCGCCCGGAUCUCGUCAACGACGAUGCAAAGCAGUCACGGACGCCCGAGCAGUGCGUGGUGCAGGGAGACUUUGAGGCUACUUUGUUCAGACUUGCUGUGCAUGACGAUGCAGUGUACGCCAGUCUGUGCAAAGCAAUGCCCAUCGGUGCAUGCACGGCAAUAUACUUUGACAAGGCUCAAAAUAAGAUACGGAAUCUGCUCGCAGACUUCGAUCGAUACUGCAUGACCGGGCACCUUCCGGCAGGGGUUGAGAAAUUGGACGCCAGCACGGUGCUGGAAGAGAUUCAAGGCCAUGUCAACCGAAUCCGAAGGAAUCUUGCGGUUCGCGCACCGCACGGUUUUGAUGGAGGUUCGAAAGCUUUGAUUACAUUACUUGAAAAUAUCUGUGGUCGUAACAAAGAUCCCUUGGAGGAUAAUGACUGGGGCCGAGAGACAUUCCAUGGCGAAGAUGAAGAUCAGCGCAACCUCUACCAUCAGCUCAUCGGUAAGGCUAAAGAGACCGAAGAUUUUUUUAUCCUUGAAGUCCUUGAGCAGCUGCCCCUUCACGCCCUCCGCCGUUUUGAGGACAAAUUGAAAGCGAUCCUUCGCAGGAUCGAGGUAAAUCGAGCGCCAAAGGCCUACGUUAUCAGGCUGGGCGCGCUGGUGCGUACGGUGGAGUCUACCGAGGCUGGGACUGGUCAGAAACGGCCAUCCUCAGCUACUGCUACUGGCAACAGCAAGCGGACUCGAUGA